UCCUACAUCUGCGAUGAUGUAUUUAUCUAAUGAAUCAUCAUUCAAUACUACAACCACGAAGGUGUUUUUGUCCAAUGAUUCAAAAAUCAGUCCUACAUCUGCGAUGAUGUCUUUAUCUAAUGAAUCGUCAUUCAAUUCUACAAUCACGAAGGUGUUUUUAUCCAAUUAUUCAACAGUCAGUCCUACAUCUGCGAUGAUGUCUUUAUCUAAUGAAUCAUCAUUCAAUUCUACAACCACGAUGGUGUUUUUAUCCAACGAUUCAAAAAUCAGUCCUACAUCUGCGAUGAUGUCUUUAUCUAAUGAAUCAUCAUUCAAUUCUACAACCACGAUGGUGUUUUUAUCCAAUGUUUCAAAAAUCAGUCCUACAUCUGCGAUGAUGUCUUUAUCUAAUGAAUCAUCAUUCAACUCUACAACCACGAAGGUGUUUUUAUCCAAUUAUUCAACAGUCAGUCCUACAUCUGCGAUGAUGUCUUUAUCUAAUGAAUCAUCAUUCAAUUCUACAACCACGAUGGUGUUUUUAUCUAAUGAUUCAACAAUCAGUUCUACAUCUGUGAUGAUGUCUUUAUCUAAUGAAUCAUCAUUCAAUUCUACAACCACGAUGGUGUUUUUAUCUAAUGAUUCAACAAUCAGUCCUACAUCUGCGAUGAUGUCUUUAUCUAAUGAAUCAUCAUUCAAUACUACAACCACGAUGAUGUUUUUAUCUAAUGAUUCAACAAUCAGUCCUACAUCUGCGAUGAUGUCUUUAUCUAAUGAAUCAUCAUUCAAUUCUACAACCACGAUGGUGUUUUUAUCCAAUGUUUCGAAAAUCACUCCUACAUCUGCGAUAAUGUCUUUAUCUAAUGAAUCAUCAUUCAACUCUACAACUACGAUGGUGUUUUCAUCCAAUGAUUCAAAAAUCAGUCCUACAUCUGCGAUGAUGUCUUUAUCUAAUGAGUCAUCAUUCAACUCUACAACCACGAAGGUGUUUUUAUCCAAUUAUUCAACAGUCAGUCCUACAUCUGCGAUGAUGUCUUUAUCUAAUAAAUCAUCAUUCAAUUCUACAACCACGAUGGUGUUUUUAUCCAAUGAUUCAACAAUCAGUCCUACAUCUGCGAUGAUGUCUUUAUCUAAUGAAUCAUCAUUCAAUACUACAACCACGAUGAUGUUUUUAUCUAAUGAUUCAACAAUCAGUCCUACAUCUGCGAUGAUGUCUUUAUCUAAUGAAUCAUCAUUCAAUUCUACAACCACGAUGGUGUUUUUAUCCAAUGUUUCGAAAAUCACUCCUACAUCUGCGAUAAUGUCUUUAUCUAAUGAAUCAUCAUUCAACUCUACAACUACGAUGGUGUUUUCAUCCAAUGAUUCAAAAAUCAGUCCUACAUCUGCGAUGAUAUCUUUAUCUAAUGAGUCAUCAUUCAACUCUACAACCACGAAGGUGUUUUUAUCCAAUUAUUCAACAGUCAGUCCUACAUCUGCGAUGAUGUCUUUAUCUAAUAAAUCAUCAUUCAAUUCUACAACCACGAUGGUGUUUUUAUCCAAUGAUUCAACAAUCAGUCCUACAUCUGCGAUGAUGUCUUUAUCUAAUGAAUCAUCAUUCAAUUCUACAACCACGAUGGUGUUUUUAUCCAAUGAUUCAAUAAUCAGUCCUACAUCUGCGAUGAUGUCUUUAUCUAAUGAAUCAUCAUUCAAUUCUACAACUACGAUGGUGUUUUUAUCCAAUGUUUCGAAAAUCACUCCUACAUCUGCGAUAAUGUCUUUAUCUAAUGAAUCAUCAUUCAACUCUACAACUACGAUGGUGUUUUCAUCCAAUGAUUCAAAAAUCAGUCCUACAUCUGCGAUGAUAUCUUUAUCUAAUGAGUCAUCAUUCAACUCUACAACCACGAAGGUGUUUUUAUCCAAUUAUUCAACAGUCAGUCCUACAUCUGCGAUGAUGUCUUUAUCUAAUAAAUCAUCAUUCAAUUCUACAACCACGAUGGUGUUUUUAUCCAAUGAUUCAACAAUCAGUCCUACAUCUGCGAUGAUGUCUUUAUCUAAUGAAUCAUCAUUCAAUUCUACAACCACGAUGGUGUUUUUAUCCAAUGAUUCAAUAAUCAGUCCUACAUCUGCGAUGAUGUCUUUAUCUAAUGAAUCAUCAUUCAAUUCUACAACUACGAUGGUGUUUUUAUCUAAUAAUUCAACAAUCAGUCCUACAUCUGCGAUGAUGUCUUUAUCUAAUGAAUCAUCAUUCAAUUCUACAACUACGAUGGUGUUUUUAUCCAAUGAUUCAACAAUCAGUCCUACAUCUGCGAUGAUGUCUUUAUCUAAUGAAUCAUCAUUCAACUCUACAACCACGAAGGUGUUUUUAUCCAAUUAUUCAACAGUCAGUCCUACAUCUGCGAUGAUGUCUUUAUCUAAUAAAUCAUCAUUCAAUUCUACAACCACGAUGGUGUUUUUAUCUAAUGAUUCAACAAUCAGUCCUACAUCUGCGAUGAUGUCUUUAUCUAAUGAAUCAUCAUUCAAUACUACAACCACGAUGAUGUUUUUAUCCAAUAAUUCAGCAAUCAGUCCUACAUCUGCGAUGAUGUCUUUAUCGAAUGAAUCAUCAUUCAAUUCUACAACCACGAUGGUGUUUUUAUCCAAUGAUUCGACAAUCAUUCCUACAUCUGCGAUGAUGUUUUUAUCUAAUGAAUCAUCAUACAACACUACAACCACGAUGGUGUUUUUGUCCAAUGAUUCAAUAAUCAGUCCUACAUCUGCGAUGAUGUCUUUAUCUAAUGAAUCGUCAUUCAAUUCUACAACAGCGUUGGUGUCUUUAUCCAAUGAUUCAAUAAUCAGUCCUACAUCUACGAUGAUGUCUUUAUCUAAAGAAUCAUCAUUCGAUUCUAUGAGUACAAUGGUGUCUUCAUUCACAACUUUGAACUCGUUGUCACAACGUUUUUUUUUUAUCACUCUUGAGAUAAUUAACAGGAAUUUCUCAAGUGAUCACGCCAACACAUCGUCAAGUCUGUAUAAAAAAACAGCGACAGAAGUUAUAUCCACGGUUAAAAACAUUUUGAAAGGCAAUCGUGGAUUGGUUGAUGUGAUAAAUGUAAUGUUCAGUAAUGGCAGCCUUUUGGCAAGUUUCGACGUGUUUUUCUUGAGCAAUUCAACGAUAACAACCGAGGAACUGAGUUCUUUAAUUAAAACAGCAUCAACCAGCAACAGUUCAUUGCAAUUUUCCGUUGUCAAAGUGAGAGAAAUUUGUACGUCAGGAUACUGUUCCAACAAAGGCAUAUGUACGCUAGACAAUAAAACAGAGGAAUUGAAAUGCAGUUGUAACUCUGAACACAUUGGACCAAGAUGCAAUUCUACGAAAACAGAUGAUAGUGAUGACAAUAAGCUGUGGAUUGCUCUUGCUCUGUCUUGGUAUGCUUCUGUUAAUUGUCAUAAUGCUUAUUGUACUGGCUUUGAGAAGACGAAAGAAAUAUUACAUAACGAGGGAGAGCGUGAUGUCAACUGGCCGUACAUCUGGAGAAAUAUAUUUUAACCACGCAUACAGCCCAUCUCUGGAAAAUGUUGUUGGUUAUUACAAGUCAAAAAAUGUUAUUCCUCUAGAAGUGGUAAAUGAAACUAGUUCGAGUAGGUUUAAAAGUGACGAUUAUCAAGAGGCAGAGUUCCUCUCCAAAAAGAAAAAGAAUGAAGAAAAAGAGGAAGAAGACGUUUAUGCAUCGCAACUUUUGCUUUUUUUGAAACAAAACAAUCUUUUAAAGAAUUCAAGAGAAGAUGAAAACACCCAAAGACCUUCAAGGACAACCAACGUAGAUAAUGAUUCAGACACUUAGUGAUAAACAAAAGAUUGUAAGAGAAGUGAGAAAUAAUUUGACAAUUUUUUGACUACAAUAUUAAUGAGAAAAACACCAUUUUAAAAUGGAACAUCACGUCGCUGUACUUUACUUUAACCAUAGCACUUUGAAUAACAUAAUAACAAAAAAUACACCAUUGUUAAAAUUAUCUAUUCAUUUGUCACUGAUACCAAAUACAGCAAAUACAAACAUA